AUGGUGAUCGAUGAUGUACUGCACGAUCGACAGCGACGAUACGUUGGUAGUGGGAUAUCCAUCCCUUCCAGGAAUGUCGUCUGCCAUCUGCGAGAUGGUCAUCGAACUCUUGCGUUCACGAAGUGCCUGGACCAUGGUGCCCAGAAUGUCUUGAAGGUGGUUAGAAACCCAAUAAGCAGCAUCGGGUUCAGGGUCUCCGUCUGCACCGGCCUCUGCCGACGCUGUCUCCAUUUCCUCGUGUUCAUCAAAUUCCCACACACCCGCCUGCUCCUCCUCCUCCUCCUCCUCCUCCUCCUCCUCCUCCUCUUCCAUGGCAUCUCCGGCGGGAGGCAGCAGAACGCUUCCGGUUUCCUCCUGUUCCAUCGCAUCUCCGGCGGGAGGCAGCAAGCUCGCGGCCUCUUCUUUUUUCUUCGCAUCUACGGUGGCAGCCGGGACAACGCCGAGCUGUUUUUGCUUCACUAUGCGCGUAACUUCCGCGUGCUCCCCGGCGUACGCGAGACACGUACCCCUUCGACUGUGUCCCGUGGGACCGAUAGUCCGAAGCACAUCCGAGUCGACGACGAGCUCUCCACCGUUCGACAUGAUCUUUGCAUUUUCAUGCAAGUCCCUCAUCACCUGGAGAGGAGUGCUUCCUUGCCUCAGUAUUUCGCGGCAUGCUUGGUCGGCCACGAUGGCUUUGUCGAGACGGUGCUGCAUUGCUUUGCUUCCCCACAUCGUUGGCCCAAGUUCCAGUGGGCGACGGUCAACGCCUUGGGCGCGUCCCGCUGCUUGGCUCACGCUUUCGCUGUGCAUCUUGAUAUCCAGAAACAGAUGGUCCAGAGGCCACUCGUGGUUAGACCCCUUGAUAGAUCUUGCUCUGCCAGCCUUCACCUUGGAGAAGGUGAGUAUUUUUGGCACCAUUUCCUCUUCUUCUUGCGCGCCUCCUGCACCUUUCUUCGUCUUGUUUGCUUCUUGCACUUUGUCGUGGAUAUAGGUAAGGACCGCACAGUAGUCCUUGUCUUUCGUACGAAGAGGUUCGUAUCGGUAGACCGUUUUGGGCUCCUCGGGCUCCUCGAGCUCCUCGGGCUCCUCGGGCUCUUCGGGCUCUUCGGGCUCCUCGGGCUCUCGUGCAUCGGCCUGUUCUUCUCCCGACUUGUCCGCGCCUUUCCUCCGCUUGGUCCUUUUGUCACUCUUCUUCUUGGUCCUCUUCUCACUAUUCUCGCCCCUGUCGGCGCCUUUCCGCCUCUUUGUCCUCUUCUCACUCUUCUCGGCCUUGUCCGCGCCUCUCCCACCCCUGGCCUUCUUCUCACUCUUCUCCCCCUCCUUACGCUUCCUACGCUUCUUUCCUUUGGGGGCGUCCUCGGCGCCUUUCUCUCCGCUGUUCCCGACCUCCCCAAGUUUCUUGAAGAAAUUCCCGCUUUCGAACAAUCCUCUCGUACCGAUGUCCGACGUGUAAACGAUGAGGCCUUUCGCCCACCAUGCAAUACAGAUGAGGCCUUCUUGUGCGUAUCUGACUGCGUUCAUCCUGGCUUGCUUGUCGAUGUCAACCGUUUCCGUGACCGAGCUCUGUAUAGCCAGUGCGCAUUGUACACGCUUCGUCGAGAGCAUUUUGCGCACCAUGGAGUGCAGAUCACCGUUCUUUCGAGAUAUGACCCUGGCGUUCGGAGGCAUCUCCUGCGAGGAGUGCAUAUAAUCCCAGUAGUAGGCCGAAGUUGUGAUCUCUUGAUACUCGUAUUCCUUGGAACCCAUGUCACAGUGGCUGAGAUGAAGUGCUUGGGGUGUCCCUGUGAUGUCGACAAUUGA